AUGUCCAGUGCUGUGGGCACAUCCAGCACCACAAAGAAACCUAUCCUGUUAAACAACAUCGCAGAUGCUGAAGCCUUUGUCAGUGGUGCAGAGGUGGCGGUCAUCGGAUUCUUCCAGGAACCGGAGAGCGCCGAAGCGUCGCAGUUUCGCCUGGCGGCCGGACGGAUUCCGGAGGUGCCCUUCGGCCUCAGCACCAGCCCCGCCGUCCUGUCCCACUACGGCGUCUCGGCGAACACCGUCACGCUGUUCCGCAGGGUAGACAAUGACCGGAGGGAUCUGGAUAUGAACAACAGAGAAGUCGAUACUGAGAAGAUGACUCGUUUCGUUCGGAUGAAUGAGCUCCGCCUGGUGACAGAGUACAAUCCUGUGACAUCAGUAGGUGUGAUGCAGAGUUCACUCCAGUUCAACCUCCUCCUGAUCACAGACAAGAUGUCCCCAAAGCACCCUGAGCGAAUGCGCAAGUUUCGGGCCUCAGCAGAGCUCUUCAAGGGAAAGAUUCUCUUUAUCCUGUUAGACAUCAAUUUGAACAGCAAUGAACAAGUAGUGUCAUACUUCCAGCUGAAGAAGUCCCAGCUGCCAGCUCUGGCUAUAUUCCACACACCAGAUGAUGAGCAUGAUGUGAUGACUGUAGAUGAAAUCUCGGUUGAGCGUGUGCAGGACUUCUGUAAUCGUUUCAUACAAAGAAUGAAGAAGAAAGAAGACGAAUCUGAGAAGCCCCUCAAUGAGGAACUCUGAUUCUUUCUCAGCCAACAGGAUGACUGUGCCCAGAGUAAUCUGUGGUGUAUGAAGAGUUCACUUCACGCUACAGCUCGACAAUUCCUGAGCCAAGUUGGUCGUGUAUUCCCAUUACCAUUCUAUGUAUAUAUAUGUUGUCUGUCCUCUCCAGAAAUCUCUUAUCUCUUCUCAUUCAUUGGCUCCAGUUCACUUCUUUUCAGUACUCCAGUACCUCUAGUAUUGCCCUGCAAUGUGUGCUUCCUUGCCACUCUGUUGGAACAAAGAGUGGCCUAGCAAAAUGGCAGUAUCAGAGGUAAAGCUAGUAGUUCCCAAGGAUCUGUUUCCCUCAUUCUCUUGGCUUUUGAUGAUAUGCUGGGAUCCACUGUCAGCCUUUCCAGACACUACAAACAGAUUGGUUGCUUGAUGUCAUAUGAACUUUUCCAUUUAUUUUACUAAAUAAAGCAGAAAGUGAAUUAGCCUGAA